AACAUAUGUACCAGUUUGUUCUACAAAUUAUUGUACGAUGGACGUGUUUUGGCUGUUUGCUGCUGUAUUAAUUACGGGAAUAUCCGCACAAAAUCGACCAACGAUAACUACACCUUCUGGUCAAAUCCAAGGCACUGUCGAAUCGUGCGGAUUAUUUUGCUCCUACUAUUCUUUUAAAGGUAUACCUUACGCGCAGCCUCCCGUUAAUAAUCUUCGAUUUCGAAAUCCGGUACCUCAUCCGGGAUGGAGUGGGGUUCGCGAUGCCAGCCAGCACGGAUCUUUCUGUCCUCAAUACGAACUUCUAACUUUGGAGAUCAUCGGUGACGAAGAUUGCCUGUUCUUGAAUGUUUAUAGUCAGGAACUGAUUGGACAACGGCCGGUGAUGGUCUGGAUCCAUGGCGGCGGUUAUAGCUCUGGAUUCGGAGAUGCAGAAGUGUACGACCCGCAAAAGUUAGUCCGAGAAGGUGUAGUAAUUGUAACUAUUAACUAUAGACUCGGUGCAUUAGGUUUCCUUAGCACAGGAGAUGAGCAUGCUCAAGGAAACUGGGGCCUCAAAGAUUGUAUAGAAGCGCUUCGGUGGGUACAACGAAAUAUUGCUGCAUACGGUGGCAAUCCAAACGACGUUACCAUAAUCGGGAAUUCAGCUGGAGCUUCCUUGGUACACUUUUUGUACCUUUCCGACAUGGCAAAUGGUUUGUUUCAUAAAGCGAUAGCUCAAAGUGGAACAGCAAUAGUACCAUUUGCCUUUCAAACCAAUCCUAGAUUUUAUGCUGAUAGAUUGGCUAACUUCUUCGGCCUAUCAAGCGAUAGUGCAAAUUACGUAGACCAGCUUAGAAUGCUUCCAGCCAGUAGUUUCAUUCCGUUUCAAGAGGCUUUGCUGACGAUACCAGUUCCGAGAUUCUUGCGGGCAUUGGAUUUUGCGCCUACUGUUGAACCAGUAAACUCUCCAGAACUUAGAGCGCUGACUACUGAUCCGAUGAGCUUAAUGCAAACACGACAACAUACUAUUCCUUUUCUCAUGGGUUAUAACGAUCUUGAAGGCUCUUUCUUCACUACCGUAGAGUUUGCGGUUGAUCAAACUGUUUUCGCACAGUUCAACGCCAAUCAUGAUUUGUUUGUACCCUUUUUCUGGAACAUUUAUACCGCAUCUCCAACCUCUGCAGCAGUCAGCAGUGCAUUCCGCCAACACUACUUCAAUAACCAGCAAUUGAGUCUCGCCCUAUUCUUCGAAUGGAGUCGAUAUUAUGGAGAUCAUAUGUUCCUAUUUCCUAUUCACUACACGGCUCAAGUUCACGGCCAGAGCCAAGCGCCGGUUUACUACUAUCAGUUUUCGUACGAUGGAGAUUUAAAUCUGUUCAAGAAAUCUCUCGGCAUAACAGAUCCGGGUGCGACUCAUACCGAUGAAAUUCCGUAUCUGUUCGAGUUGGCUGAACAAAUGGGAGCACAAAUUCCACCUGAAAGCCAUGCGUUCACCGUUAGCGAUCGAAUGGUACGAAUGUGGACUAAUUUUGCUAAAUAUAGCGAUCCAACACCGAAUUUUGACCCGUUAUUGCAGAAUUUAGAAUGGCCGACAGUACAGGAAAGUGACGAUGGCAUUUCGAUUAUGGAUAUCGGACAAAACUUGAUGAUAACGGAUGCAUCGACAACAGAGACAUUCCGGCUGUGGCAUCACCUACAAGACCAAUAUGCAACCAAUCCAUUUUCAUGAACUUCAAUUAUUAGAAAACCAAAUCUAAAAUCGUACCAUUAAUAAACUCAAUUUGAACGUUUUGGAGAACUUUGUAUGCCUAAGUUAUCUAUCAAAUAUUACUUUUAUACCAGUUGUAGGUUUUUGUAAAGUUUAAGGAUACUUUUGGAUGUGCACUAUUCAAAAUGGCGGCGAUAUGACGCGACAAGAGUUGUUUUUCAUGAAAAUCAUCAAAAUUACAAAAGUGAAAUACUGAAUAGUACUAAAACUUCAGGCAAAUAUUGUUUCCAUCCUUAUGCUCGAUAAAAGUGUUGAACCAUUGAAUACCUAGUCCAUGAAUGUUGUAGUUUUGUUGAUUAGCACAUUUUUCGAUUUUUUACUCUUGCCAAUUGGGUGGCAUUAAAGUUAAAUAAAUUAAAAAUUUUAAUCCAAUUUGAAUCAAGGAUCAUAAUAAUAAAAUACAUUAGGUAUAUUUUAAAAAGAUAAAAAAACAUAAAAAUCUCAAAAUCAUUUUUGGUAGUUUGUGCCGCCCUUUUAUCUAUAGCCCGAUGCAUUGGAACAUUUUUCUCAUUGUUCAGAAUCAACAAAUCUAAAAACCAGUACAGAAUAUAAGCGUGUAAAUUA